AUGUCCUAUCAUUUUAUUCAUGCAAAUCCAACAGUAUUAUUUCAAAAUACACAAACAUUAAAAUUUUAUCUAAAAACAAUAUUCCAUUCUUUACUGUUUGCUAUUGCAAAACAUGAAUGCUUAUCUUUAAAAUUAACUAUUGAUUCAAAAACAAUCUCUAUUGAAAAUUUAGUUUCAUUAUUAUCCCCACACAUUACUAAACUUCGAACAAACUGCUCAAACUGUUUCAUAUUAAAUAAAGAAGUUAGCGUUGCCGAUAUUGCUCAUCUUAUUGUUCGAAAGAAAAAUGAUCAAUGGUCACUCUCAGUUGAUUUACAUGUUUAUUGUAAAAAUCAACAAUUUCGUUUGUACGACUCUAUUAAGAUUGGUUCAAAUAAUCCAUUAACUACUACGUCUAACUACCCAUUUCAACAAACGAAAUCACAUUGCUAUUUCGAUAUUCUACGCAAAUCUCUUAUUACUAAUACAUCUAGCAUACAUACUUCAUUAAUUAUAUUAAAAGAUAAAUAUUUAUUUCGUACACAAACACCUCUAAGACUAAAUUAUGAAUCAAUUCAUAUUGACAAUAUGAUUGUCAAAACUUAUAAUCCAAAAGACUUGAAUGAUUUUCAAUUUAUAAAAUCAAGUUUGUCUUCUUGUCAUAAAGAAAAAACCAAAAAUAUAUCUUUUAUUCAAAAGAAAACUGAAAUAUUUACGAAUGCCAUAUGCAAUAGUUAUAUUCCAUUUAUCCAAAAUAUCAUAACGCAAGAUAAUAAACAUAUCGGAAAAAUUGAAUCGUUUGUACAAGGAAAUCGUAAUACCAAUAAACUUAUUUUUAACAUAACCGGUAAUUACCGAUUUUGUCCAAAGAUAGCAGCGCAUCAUAAACGAAAUUGUACAGCGAUUAUUAUAGAUAUUUCAAAUAAUACUUAUGCUAUUCGAUGCAAAGAUCCAGAAUGUGAUAAUACUUUUUUAACAUGGAAUGAUACAAAAAACUAUAAACAAAAAUCGUAG